ACCUCCCUUGGUCAGCCGCAUGUUCGCUCGCUCUGUCGCCUCUUCGACGUUCACCAAGUGCAGUCGGCCGCAGUACUUGCGCCUCCGAGCUCAGAAGCCUGCGUUCGCGCCAGCCGUUCGGAGCUUCACCGCAAGCGCGAAAGCGUGGGAGAAGCGUUACACUGAGGAUCACGAGUGGGUGGAGUUGGGCGAGGACGGCACAACUGCCACGAUUGGAAUCUCCGAAUACGCCGCGAAAGCCCUAGGAGAUGUUGUCUUCGUCGAGCUUCCGACUGCCGAUCUUGAAGUCACAGCAGGGUCCUCUAUCGGAGCCGUCGAGUCUGUCAAAUCCGCCUCCGAUAUCAUGUCGCCCGUGAGCGGAGUCGUCCUCGAGGCCAACAGCGUGUUGGAGGACAAGCCUGCAACGAUCAACAAGAGCCCGGAGGCGGACGGCUGGUUGGCGAAGAUCAAGGUGUCCGCGGCCGACGAGAUCAGUGCUCUGAUGGACGGCGAGGCAUACAAGAAGUUCACGGAGGAGGCUGAUGAUCACUGAGCUACACCUUUGGAGGAUCGGAAAUGGAAAGGAGAGCGAUGUUACACUCAACGUGUCUACUUAAAUGGAGGAUGUACGCAUCGGCGGGCGAAGAAUGUGAUGAAAGGAUGCAACCCUGCCAACUGCAAUUAGAAGGAUGGAUUCAGGUUGGGCUCCUCAUCUGCUCCGUAAGUGAUACGCUGAAGCAGACAACCAGUUCUCGCGGUACUCUCGAUAAUUGAACAGCGCGUUCGAGCGCCCCUGA